ACCUCUAGUCUCCUCUCCUCCGUGAAGGAAUACCGGGGCAGCCUCGGAGCCGAGCAAACACAAACCCCCAUGCUCCCUUUUUUAUCUCCACACGGAUUUCUCCUCGUCCGCUCCAGAUACUCGGAAUCUGGACAAGAUCCCGGAUACUAAACCAUGAAAGUCACGGUGUGUUUUGGCAGGACCCGGGUGGUGGUGCCGUGCGGGGAUGGAAAUAUUAAAGUCCACACACUCAUCCAGCAGGCUGUCAUGAGAUAUAAGAAAGCCAUCGCUAAGGAUGCGAGUUAUUGGCUGCAGGUUCACCGGUUGGAGCACGGAGACGGCGGCAUCCUCGACCUGGACGAUGUGCUCUGUGAUGUGGCCGACGACAAAGACAGGUUGAUAGCGGUGUACGAUGAACAGGAGCCCCAUCAUGGAGGUGAUGGCACCAGCGCCAGCUCCACAGGCACCCAGAGCCCCGACCUGUUUGCUGCAGACCUCAGCGCUGGCAGUGGAGCCUCGGCCUUCCAACCCUAUCAGACAGCCAGCGAGAUCGAGGUCACGCCUUCUGCCCUGCGCACCAAUAUGCCCCUCCAUGUCCGGCGAAGCAGCGACCCCGCCCUGCUCACCAUCAACGGACCUUUUGUCAGCGGUGAGUCGACGGUCCAAACGGAAGAGCCGCCAUCGAGGAAGAACCCGACCCGCUGGUCCACCACCGCCGGCUUCCUGAAAGUACGCCAUUCGUCUGGCACCAACAGCCUGGAGAGGAAGGGUAAAGGUACAGAUACUUACCGCAGUCUGCCGCGGGAUGCGGGGACGUGGGCCAAUCAGAGAGAGUUUCAGAGAGAGACGGCACGCUCAUCGCUCAGCGCCAAUCACCCGAUGGUGGACCGCUGGCUGGAGAGACAGGAACAGGACGAAGAAGCCAGAGAGGAAGAAAAUGGGAGGAUUGAACCAGUUGGUCGAGCUGACUCCUGCAUGGACCACACCCCUGUGAGAUCAUUAGAAGACAUAGUCAAACUGGUGGAGGUGUCAAACGACGGUGGGCCCCUGGGAAUCCACGUGGUGCCUUUCAGUGGCAGGGACCGCAGGACUCUUGGCUUGUUGGUCAAGCGUCUGGAGCGGGGAGGCAAGGCCCAGCACCAUGGCCUUUUCCAGGAGAAUGACUGUAUCGUCCGUAUCAAUAACGGAGACCUGCGAAACAUCCGCUUUGAACAAGCCCAGAACAUGUUCCGUCAGGCCAUGCGCUCUCCAGUCAUCAUGUUCCACGUGGUGCCAUCAUCCAUGAAGGCGCACUACGAGCAGCUGUCCCACGCCGAGAGGAACCCGGCGUACGCCUCGGGCCGUUUCAGCCCCGAUUCCCUGUCCGGUAGCACCGUCUCCGGCAUGGAUCACACGCCGCAGAGGAUGUCCCGACACGGUUCCCAAUCGCACCCGCACGCUCAUCUGCACCCUCAUUCCCACACUCACCCAGAUCAGGCUGAAGGCUACCCUCCUCUGACACACCCAGCGGUCUCUGCAGCCAAGCCUCCCACAGGUCAAACCCACUCGCCUCAGAGGGGGAUGAACUCCACCUCGACGGGCGGAUUUACCAAAAAGGUCGGGAGGAGGCUCAACAUCCAGCUGAAAAAAGGACCCGAGGGACUCGGCUUCAGUAUAACGUCUCGAGACGUUCCCAUAGGCGGCUCGGCACCCAUCUACGUGAAGAACAUCCUGCCUCGGGGAGCUGCCAUCCAAGAUGGCCGCCUGAAGGCAGGAGACAGGUUGCUGGAGGUAACAGGAGUGGACCUGAAUGGGCGGACCCAGGAGGAGGUGGUGUCUCUGCUCAGGGCCACGCCCAUGGGUGGGGCCGUGGGGCUGGUGGUCAUGCGCCAGGAGGAAGCCUUCCUCUCCCGAGAAGUGAAUGCCGAGCCUCAGAUGCAAUCCCCCAGAGAUUUGCAUCCAAGACAGCCUGUGACAAGUGGAAAACCCCAUUGGCUGAUUGAGAAGACAGAAGAGGAUGACUUGGUCCUCACUCCAGAUGGGACCAGGGAGUUUCUGACAUUUGAGAUCCCCCUCAGUGACUCGGGUUCAGCUGGUUUAGGCGUCAGUGUUAAAGGCAACCGCUCCAAGGAGAACCACGCUGACCUGGGCAUCUUUGUCAAAUCCAUCAUUAAUGGAGGAGCAGCCUGCAAGGACGGACGGCUACGUGUGAAUGACCAGUUGAUUGCCGUCAAUGGAGAAUCGCUAUUGGGCAAAACCAACCAGGACGCCAUGGAGACGCUACGCAAGUCAAUGUCAACAGAAGGCAACAAGCGAGGGAUGAUCCAGCUCAUCGUGGCCAGACGGGUGGCCAAAAGAAAUGAAGAAACAGGCAGCCCGCUGGGACCUCAGCAGACUAUGAACAAUUCUCUGGACGACCACGAGCGCCGGAUCUCCCACUCCCUGUAUGGUGGCCUGGAGGGUCUUGAUGACAAUUUGAUGCCACGACAAGGAAUGAUUCCACGCACAAUAGGAAACUACCAACUCUCUCCGACCGUCAACAUGCCACAGGACGACACGGUCAUCAUAGAGGACGACGGGCCCCCGCUUCUACCGCCCCACCUCUCCGACCAGUCAUCAUCCAGUUCCCAUGACGACGUGGGUUUCACCGCUGACGUAACGCCUGUGUGGGCCAAAGAGCUGCCCAGUCCGAAUGAAAGCGCCCUGAAUCCAGAUGAAAACCAAGACACCGCUUUCCAGAGGGAAGGCUUCGGACGCCAGAGCAUGUCAGAGAAACGCACCAAGCAGUUCGGGGAUGCAUCCCAGCUUGAGAUCAUCAAGACACGCAAGUCCAAGAGCAUGGAUCUAGUAGCCGACGAGAUUAAUCUCACCCCUCGUCCCGAGACCAACACAGGUUCCUCAACAAAGGAUGUGGGACCAUCUCUAGGAUUAAAGAAGUCCAGCUCUCUCGAGAGCCUCCAGACCGCCGUUGCUGAGGUAACCCUCAACGGAGACCUUCCCUUCCACCGGCCCCGCCCUCGUAUCAUCAGGGGGCGAGGCUGCAACGAGAGCUUCAGAGCAGCCAUCGACAAAUCCUACGACCGACCGGCUGCCACGGAAGAGGACGAUGAGGGCAUGGAGACACUGGAGGAGGACACAGAGGAGAGUUCGAGAUCGGGGAGAGAUUCUGUGUCCACGAUGGCCGACCAGACGCCGCUGUCCGGCACCGAGAAACCGCUGGUCAACGGCACCAACCGCACCAAAGAGGACAAGAAGAAAGACAAAGACAAGGGAGGGAAGGAGAAGAAGAAGCAGGAAGGAGGGAAGGAGAAAGACAAGGGGAAAGCCAAGAAGGGCAUGCUGAAAGGACUCGGGGACAUGUUCAGGUUUGGGAAGCACCGUAAGGACGAGCGGCCCGGUGAAAAAAUGGAUCGUAAAGGAUCCAGCAAGUGGAGGCUAGAAGACAUGCAGGCUUCAGACGAAGAGACGAUGAAGAUGAGGAUGGAGCAGGAGAGGAUCCAGGCUAAGACCAGGGAGCUGAGGGAGCGCCAAGCCAGAGAACGGGACUACGCUGAGAUCCUGGACAUCAGCCGCUCGCCAGAGAGAGCCUCUGAGGAAGAGCACCCGUACGCAGGCAUCAACCCCCUGAAUACCUCCGUGGAUAGCGGCCAUAGCCGGCCCCACAGCCCCCGAGACGACUACCCGCACCUCCAUCCACACCACCAGCACCAGCACUCCGACUCCCUCUACACCCAAGUCAGCAAGGCCCGCAAUGACCGGCCUCCGUCUGCAGACAGUAACCGGCUAGCCCCUAGCAACCACGACCGGAUACAGAGGCUGAGGCAGGAAUUCCAGCAAGCCACGAACAUCCCGGAUGACCCAGACGACCGCAGGAGGACCUACAGCUUCGAGCAGCCCUGGUCAAACGCCAGCAGCAACGGUCCAGGCGGGUACAGCCAGCCGGGUCGCCACUCGGUGUCGGUCGAGGUUCAGAUGCAAAGACAGAGACAGGAGGAGAGAGACUCGUUUGCCCAGGCACAGCGGCAGUACAGCUCCCUGCCACGACAACCCAGGAAGAACCCCAGCACAAUCUCACAGGACUCAUGGGACAAGGCAUAUCCACCUGGCGAGGGCUUCCAGACCGCCAAGGAGAACCCCAGGUACUCCAGCUACCAGGGCUCGAGGAACGGCUACCCAGGCGGCGGCGGUGUCAACGCCAGAGUGCUUCUGGAGGCCCAGGAGCUCUUGAGGCAGGAGCAGAGGCGCCGAGAACAGGAAGCCAAAGGGAAGUUAAUGCAGGAGAGCACCGGCAACAGCAGCUACGACGGGUACACCUCACCGCACCUGAAGGACCCGGCGUCCCCCAAGGGUCCAUACCGCCAAGAUGUGCCACCUUCGCCUUCGCAGUUAGCGAGGCUUAACAGAUUAGGAUCAGAGAAAGGAAGACUUUUUUAUUCUUGAGGAGUACGUACAAACUGAUGGAUAAAGAUCUGAACAGAGAACUUUUGGGUUCAGGAGCUUCAGGCUUACCUUGAAGAAAUGUCAAAAGUGGGCGCUAUGAAUCUUGACAAAGGACAACCUUAUAGGUCUUAUAGCUUAGCGAUGAUCUUAGAGGUAAACAGUUGUGAAGUGUACUCAGUAUGUGGGUGUUUGUGUUCAAUCCCUCACUGUGCCGAUGACCUAUACAGUACCAGUAAUCAGUCAGUCACUCACCCUCCUACAGAUAUGAGACGCUCAGUGCCUUCUCUGCAUUCACGAACACGAUGCUUGUAUACAGUCGUCCAGGACUCUGAUUCAUCGAGAUCUGGCACCGUUGAGUACUGACAAUCAAAUGGGCAGACAGGCAAGUGUGUGGGCGUUCUUUUGAGCCCAUGAGGAGGCAUAAGGCUCUGUGUGGGUGUGUGUGCGUGCGUGCGUGUGUGUGUGUGUGUGUGUGUGUGGGCAUGUGACAAGGUACAUGUUUCACGAUCGAGAGUGUGUGUCGUGGCUUUACAAAGUGUCCCGUGGAUGAGUUAUCCCUCCGGUCACAAAUCAUCCUUUCUUCGCCUCACUAAGGUUGACAUUCAACCCCAACCGACACCGGCGGUGUUUCUGCAUUCUGUUUGUCUUCUUUCAGCGUCUUCUCCUCUGCGAUUGAGCUCUCUUCUCUCACUUGAGUUCUCCCCGGGGAGCAGAGAAAGCAAGGCAAAGUGUAUGAAAGAAGCAGGGCACAGCGUGAGUUAUUAAUAAUAAAAAAAAGCCCCCCCCCCCCCCCCCCCUCCCCUGCCUUCCCCUCUUCAUAAAUGAUUCAUAUUGUGUGUUAUCUCCAUGGAGGAGACCCAGGCAGAGAGGGUAGACAGCUCUGAUCUGCUGCCUGGCCCCCCUGCACCACUCUGGGCUUGACUCACUGGCCCGCCUGCCUGUCUGUCUGGAGCUCUGGCUCCCAUCCUCUUCUUGUUCAUUACCCUCCUUUCUUCUACCUCACCCCCGCCUCUCCCACCUUUAUCCUUCUCUGCUCUCCUCUCCUCGCUCAUCUCCCACCUUCGUCUCCUCUCAUCUCACCCCCCUCUUCUACUCAUCCUCCUGCUACCCACUACCACCCUCCUCCUCCUCCUCCCUGUCUCCCGAGUCAGGCUCUGCACUGAAUUUUUCAUCACAAGCCACCUGCUGCCUGCCAGAGCCAAAGAACGCUGCCACCAGAGGCACCGACAGAGGGCCCAGCUUCUGACAUAAAGGGAGGAAUAAAAGCAAAAAAAAAAAAAAAGAGCCAGAAUAAAGAUGGGUAGAGAGACAAUGAGCCUCCCAGUGUGCGAUUAGCUUGAGCUUUUUUCCUGUUUUUUAACAAAAGGCAAAAUUGUACACAGGAGUUAAUUGCUUUUAAUUGCUGUAAUUGCUUUUUGUAUUUCUACCUUUGUAAGCAUUUAGCUGACACUCUUCUCCAGACAGGUUUUGAAAAGAGAGAGCAGGUAGGGGUGCUAGCUUGCUUGAAAAACACAGCAGUUGGUGGAUGGAUUUAGCUCUGCUGGAUUUGAAAGGGUAUAGAUCCAACCAAAUUACAAAAAAACCCAAAAUUUUCUUGCUUAUUUAGAUUUUAUUUGGGUUUUGACAUCUCUAUUUCUGAGUUUUCUGCUGCCAUGUUAAUACAGAGGAAGUGAAUGGGAGUUUGUUUAUGGAGCUCACCGAACAAAAGAGUUACAGUUAAAUAAAAUGUACAGAAAUCUUCCUUUGAACCAUUUUUUACAAAAAAAUGAGUGUUCUUGUGAGAUAGGCAGUGCUAUAAGCCUAUUGAUGUAGAGACCACUUGCUGGACCAGUUGGUAAACUUCUAUAAGUAGUUAACGCUUGUCAAUCACAAAGGUGCAAGCUAGCGGGUUUCUGUUAGUUAGCAAGCAGGGCAAGAAGAGUUUGGACUAAUACUCUCAUAACUUUCAAAAAAAAAAACAUAAACAAAUGAAAUUCCAUUUACGCCACUGUAUUAAAGGAAUAGCUCAACAUUUUGGGAAAACAUGUUUAUUUGCUUUCCGGUGGGUGAGAUGAUUGAUAGAACUCCCAGUUAGCUUAGCUUAGCUUAGUUUAGCACAAAGACAGGAAACUGAGGGGAAACGGCUAGCCUGGCUCUGUCCAACGGUAACGAAAUCCACCUUACCAGCACCUAUGAAGUGCACUAAUAAAUUAAGCUAAAGGACUGCUGGCUAUAGCCUUAUAUUUAAUGUACAGACAGGAGAGUGAUAUUAAUCAUCUCAUCUAACUUGAAUAAGAUGGCGAAUAAGCUAAUUUACUAGAUGUCAAAUUGUUCCUUUAAGGCAGAAAUUUCAGAGGCAGAUAUCUCAAAUCCUGGACAAUUAUAUACAUAUCUUCAUAUCUUUUUCUUGUAAUUUGGUUGAACAGACCCUUCUAACUAAUUUAUGAAGGUCUGAUUAUGCACCAUACUUUGCCCAGUGUUUUGUACCGUUAUGAACAGACACUACAUACAGAAACUGAUUGGUAAUUUUUAACCAGAGAGGAGGAGAACCAGCUGCUCUAGCUGUAGGCUGGAAGAAGACCUUGGGCGUGGGUGACACAAGCUUAAAAAUCACUGCCACAGCCCACCAGCCCACCACUGUAAUUGUUGUUGUAGGUGGCAACCUCUUAGACUGAACCUCUUGUUUCCAUUGACAUCACUAAUGUUUGUGACACGACUGCGUCUGCCUGCGAGCGAACAAAUGAGACUGAGCCGAGGUUUGAACUUUAAACAAAAGGGAAAUAGAAAAAAUAAAAAAAUAAAAAUAAAAAAUAGACACCAUCAAGCUGUGGAAAAUAAACAGGCUGUGCGUAAUUGCCCUUCACUCCUACACACGCUCCAUAUGCAGAUAGAAGCUGCAUGAUAUACAUUAUCUCCUGUUGGUUAAUGAAGACCCUUGCUGGGAAAGACCCAGGCUUAGUCAGGGUAAAAGUAGGAAUAUGAAGUAAGAUAAAAAAAAAAAACAGCUUUUCAAUGGUAAUUAACAAGUACAUUCUGCAUUUUAUCAUGAGGAAAUUUCACAACACUACUCUUCUUUAAGCUAAUAAAAUUUCUCCCUCUGCAUAAUGUGCUGUAUGUACAUUGGUGUGACGACACAAAUGCACAAUGGCGCUAAUACACGAUACAAUGGGCCAUUGUAAAAUGUUACCAAAUUAGAAACAAACCGCGCAGGUGAGGGCGAAAAAUAUCUCCACUAUGAAUGGUUUUUAGUUUGAAAUAAAGUGUUUGGUUGUAGCGGCCAGCACUUCCUGCUGUGAACACUAGUGCGUGUCUAAAUGCAGACUAGCACAUUUAGAAGGAUGUAUUCAACCUGUGCUCCAAAUGUGAUGGAUUUAGCAUAUUAGCUGUCCAGUUACGGGGUCUGAUAUCGAUAAGUGCCUGAGAUAAUAUCAUAAUAUUUUACACAAAGAGGGACACGAUGUGAUUUGUUUUUCAGUGACACUACAAGCACACAGACUGCAGUGUGUUUUUUAACAUUUUUAAUAUCAUAUUAAAAUGUGUCAUUUUUGGGGUACUCCUUCCUGAACAUGUUUUUUUUUGUUUUUGUUUUAGUUUUUUUAAUCACAAGAGCCAACACUUAUGAGCGGUUAUCAGUGUAUUUGUAUCCCGUUUUGACAUUGCCUUCAACCAUGCUGUACCAUGAUGUGUUUUAAAGUAUAAAAAGAAAUGGAAGCAGAUGUGCAAUUGUUUUGUUUUGUUUUUUGUUUUUUGUUUUUUUUUUCCAGAAAACUUUUACAUGAUAUAUUAAGAAAUGUAUACAGCCAC